ACACCCCCAAUCAAUCAUUGCUUCCUCCUCUUUCUCUCUCUACAACAUCUACAACAUCUCUCUCUCUCUCUCUCUCUCUCUCUCUCUCUCUCUCUCUCCAUUUCUGGGGGAUUUUGCAGAUGAGAAGCGAAAAGCAAGCCAUCUAUCUGUUUCUUUGAUUUCCGAAUAGAUAUAUCUCAAAUUUUGUGUUCUAAGGAAACGGUACUGAAUCUUGAUUGUUUUUUCUUGCGUUGAAAUGUCUUUGAUGUUCAAAUUUAUCAUUCCUGAAGAAGCCAACGUUGAAGAAGGAGAGUGGGAGAAAGAGAGAUAACAAGAGGAACCCCCAAAAAACAGAGAAAAUUAAAGCAGGAGUAGAGAUCUCUCGUUUAACAACAAAACCUGAUUUGUUGUCCUCCUCCUCUGCUUCUGCUUCUGCUUCUGCUUCUGCUGGUAAUUACGUAAUUCGAGGCAAAUGGCAUUCGCUCCCUCAUAACUGGAUGUCCGCAACAGUCAUAAGCGAAACGAUGGUGAUGCCAACGACGGAAGCACCAAAAACUCUAACAACGAAACUCACUCAAAUCGAAGUGGACUCCGUCAAAUGCGACUGUUGUGGAUUAACAGAGGAGUGCACGCCGGCAUACAUUGACCGCAUACGCGCGCGAUACAACGGAAAAUGGAUCUGCGGCCUAUGCGCCGAGGCGGUGAAGGACGAAAUCGUCCGAUGCGAGAGGCCGAUGAUAAGCACCGAGGAGGCCUUAACGCAGCACAUAAACUUUUGCAAGAAGUUCAAUUCGGCUGGUCCACCGCCAAAUCCAGCGGUUCACUUGAUAUCGGCGAUGAGGCAGAUUCUCAGGCGACGUUCGGAUUCUCCGAGAUCAUUGAGGUCGAUGCCGUGUAGUCCGACGAAGGGAGCCGCCGGAAGAGGGAUGAUAGAUCGUUCGGCAAAGUUUUCGCGGUCUGAAAGUUGUAUUCCUACUCUGUCUCUGUCUUUGGUUGAUUCGCCAUCGUUUCGAGGUAUCGAUUCCAUUGAAGAGGAAGAAGAAGGCAACAAAUGAUUGAAGUACGUGUAAGAAAAGAAACAACUGCAAGAACUAGUCUGAGAUGCAUGCAAAACAGGUUUGGGACAACGUGUGUUAUAAAAAGAAAUAAAGAAAGUCAAAAAUUUGAUCUCAAAAAAGCAGCCGCGCAAGGGAAGGGAAAAAUUGAAAAAUUGUUAGAUAGUGCUUUAUAUGUGUAGUACAGAACAAUUAUUAGCCAUCGGAAUUUGUUGUUUCUUAGUAUUGUA